GUCGAAUCGACGAAUGAGAAACCGUUGUGUCUCUCGAGUUUCGACGCGCAUUGAAAGCCGUACAUAAACUUUUCGGCACGUAAACAAACUUCAAAACACGCGAGUGCAAAUAUGAUAAAACGUGAUCGUAUGUUCUAGAUCUUUUAUUCGGACAUUAUACGAUUAUUGAAGGUUAUACGCACAAGACGAAAACCAACCUCAUGAAUUGGAACGGGAUGAAGCUGUUGAAGAAACCCGAUCCGCGACCUGCAUAUCCCCAGGGAGUGCGAUGCCAAAAGUGUCUGGAGAUGGGACACUGGAGUUACGAGUGCAAAGGCAAGAGGAAAUACCUACAUAGAUCUUCUCGCACUUCGCAGCUGAAGAAAGCUAUACAAAAGCAAGAGAACGGUGAUGAUCAAGAGCAAGAAAAAGAAGCAAAGCAUUACAACAGCAAGAAAAUGAGGAAGGAGGAUUCCAGCAAUUCAAGCGACUGGAGCAGCAGUUGUAGCACCUCCAGCAGCGAUAGCAGCAUAAGUUCUAGUAGUAGUAGUAGUAGUAGCAGUAGUUCCUCGGAUAGUGAAUCUGAUUCUAGCGAUAGUGUGUCUAGUAGCAGUAAUAGCAGUACUACUAGUAGUAGCAACAGCAGUCACGGUUCCUACAAAAAGAAAUAACACAGAUGCUAUUGCAUAAAGUGAGAAGUCGAGAAGAAAUUUCUUUUCGACUGUUUCUGGCUUUUGACAAAAUAUCAUUGUUCUAUCCGAGUACAAUGCCAUUUUGCCUUUAAGCUAAAUAACUCGAGAGGAAAGAGCAAGUUGAAUUUCGCGACAAAAUUCUUUAUGCCUUUUGUACA